AAAGUGUGUACGGACUGCCCACUCCGGAUGCUAUCGCACAUUCAAAUGCAUCAAGAUCAGCUGACGCAGUCGAGACGCAGUAAUUCGCCUGCAAAUCGUAGCGAGAGCGCUUCCUUCCAUUUCGUAGUAGCGUUCUAUAAAUUGAGGUUCGUUGCUGUUCGUGCGGUUCAGUUCUUGGCGAGGCGCUAGACAGUGUAGUGCAUGGUGAACGUGUUAGUGCGGAUAGUGCGAACGGAGUGUUUAAAUCGGCCGUGCUCACGAGACUGUGCACCGAACCCCCCAAAGGCAGGCUGGUGUGUGUUUAUGGUCGUUUCGGAGUGUCGCUAGUGAAACAGAGGAUAUGGCGCUGCAGUUGGUGCUGCUGUACAUUAGUGCGGCAUUGGCGUUGGCCACCUUGGUUUGCGUGCGAUGGAAACGGCGGAAGCUGUACGCGGCGGCCGCCACGAUGGAUGGACCACCGUGCCUGCCGCUGCUAGGUCAUGUGUAUCUUAUCUUCGGCAAAAGAUGUGGAGAAGAUAUUUUACAGGUAUUGGACCGAUACGCACCGCGAUAUAAAUCCCCCAUCGGAAUAUGGAUGGGACCACAGCUGAUUGUUGGUAUCAAGGACAAUCCUGAUUAUUUCCAAACGGUCAUGAACUCACCGCACAUGUUGAACAAAAUGGAUCAGUACAACUUUUUCCGGAUUGUCAAUGGACUUUUCGCUGCGCCAGAUCAUACGUGGAAAAAUGAACGCAAGCUGCUAAAUCGCUCAUUCAGCCCAACGAUGCUGUCCAGCUUUGUGGAUAUUUUCAACGAUAAAGACUUUAUAAUGGUCGAGAAUCUGCGGAAAUUCGUCGGAAAUGGUGAAGUUGAUUUACAUUUGUACAUAGCCAAGUGUACCAUCGAUUCGAUAUUUGGAACGGCCUUUGGCAAGGAUCUCAACACGCAAGGAAACGAUGGCGCUGACGAGUACCUGCAUUGUCUAGACACAUUUUUCUCGCUAGUGUUUAAGCGCAUUCUUCAUCUGGAACGCUAUUCAGAAAGUAUAUAUCGCCUUACGAAGGAUUACGAGCUUGAAACGAACUGUGUAAACAUCAUCAGAAACAUGUCGCUGGACCUUAUGAAAGAGUUGAAAGAAAAUUACAAAAACUCUAAGGCUACAGUGAAAGAAGAUGCGUACGAGCGCAAGCCGGCUCUGAAUUUUGCUGAAAAUUUGUUUGAGUUGGCAGAAAACAAUCCCUCCCUACCAGAAGAUCAUAUAAAAGACCACAUAGAUACGAUGAUUGUAGCUGGUCACGAUACGACUGCCACCACCAUGUCGAACCUGCUGCUAAUGCUGGCGAUGCAUCCCGAGGUGCAGGAAAUGGUGUACCAGGAGGUGAUGAGCGUGUGUCCAGACAAAUCGAAACCUGUGACGAUGGAAGAUGUCAACAAUCUCGUGUACACGGAGAUGGUGUGCAAAGAAACGAUGCGUCUGUUUCCUGUUGGCCCUCUGAUCGGCAGAAAGUGUGUUGCAGAUGUUAAGCUGGAUGAUAAACAUACCAUACCGGCGGGCUGCUGUGUAGCGCUCGGCAUCUAUCAGAUACAUCGAGACCCGACGAUCUGGGGACCCGAGCCGGGAAAGUUCAAUCCUGAUCACUUCCUGCCGGAAAGGGUAGCUGAGCGACAUCCGUACGCGUAUCUACCGUUCAGUGGAGGACCUCGGAACUGUAUCGGUAUCCGGUAUGCUUGGCUGUCGAUGAAAAUUCUCAUCGCACAUCUGGUGCGAAACUAUCGCUUCAAGACGACGCUCAAGAUGGAGGACUUGGAGAUAAAGUUUGCAAUCAUUCUAAGAAUCAUGAACGGCUGUCUCGUGUCAAUUGAAGAUCGUAGCUGUAGUCCUGUUUAGUUAGGAUGCCUGAACCAGCUGUAGCAGCUGGCUCGAUUAAAUUGUGUCCAGGAGCAUAAUGUAAUAUGCCAUACGUACUGGUUACAGCUACUGUGUAAACGCUAACUUCCGAACUAGAUGAUCUUCUUGAGUUGAUAUCCUAUAUCGCUAUAACCAGAAACGAACGGCUUGUGAUCGCACAAAGCGGUGACAAAGCGUUAUGAAAUGGCUGAUGAAAAUGAAACUCAAAACGAAAAAAGGCGUUUCUACUAUAGAGGCACAGCAAACCCAUCCUAAUAAUUUACACCUUGAAAUAAGUACAGAUCGUAAGUUACAUGCAAUAAACCCUAAAUUCGUUUGCAAUACAUACAAAAGUUCCAAAUGUGCAAUAAACCAUUCGUAGUGUGGUUAAUUAAUUUGUUAGAAUUUCCUAUAAAUCUUUAUAAUAUGUUAAAACCAACUCUAAUAUCCGUGUAUGAAACGAGUAUAUCAUCAUUAAAUCUAAUGCAGUCAGUCAUCGAAGCUCUCGCUUAUAUAAAAUAAAUGUAAUUUUAGAAAAAAAUUAAACUGUAUACCACGUACUUGUGCAUGGUAUUGCUUUGUAUGUAAAGGUACGAUCGGUUUCAUUCAGUACUUCUUUGAACGCACGAAAGACUUUACCAGCAUUGAGAAUCAGGUUCACAGAUUCGUUAAACAACUGACGAAUUCCCCAAGAUCAGUGGCUGUGUUAUGCCUUUAAUCAGAAAUUUAAUAUUUUGUUAAAUGAUCAACCAUCUACAAUCUCUAGCAAUUAAACAACUACAACUGA